AUGAACUGCUCGACUGAUAUAAAUGAAUGUGAUACUCUUCGUCCUUGCAGGAAUAAUGGUAAAUGCGUGAACACAGUGGGAGGAUACGCGUGCCACUGUUCCGCAGGAUGGACGGGAAUGAACUGCUCGACUGAUAUAAAUGAAUGUGAUACUCUUCGUCCUUGCAGGAAUAAUGGUAAAUGCGUGAACACAGUGGGAGGAUACGCGUGCCACUGUUCCGCAGGAUGGACGGGAAUGAACUGCUCGACUGAUAUAAAUGAAUGUGAUACUCUUCGUCCUUGCAGGAACAAUGGUAAAUGCAUAAACACAGUGGGAGGAUACGCGUGCCACUGUUCCGCAGGAUGGACGGGAAUGAACUGCUCGACUGAUAUAAAUGAAUGUGAUACUCUUCGUCCUUGCAGGAAUAAUGGUAAAUGCGUGAACACAGUGGGAGGAUACGCGUGCCACUGUUCCGCAGGAUGGACGGGAAUGAACUGCUCGACUGAUAUAAAUGAAUGUGAUACUCUUCGUCCUUGCAGGAAUAAUGGUAAAUGCGUGAACACAGUGGGAGGAUACGCGUGCCACUGUUCCGCAGGAUGGACGGGAAUGAACUGCUCGACUGAUAUAAAUGAAUGUGAUACUCUUCGUCCUUGCAGGAAUAAUGGUAAAUGCGUGAACACAGUGGGAGGAUACGCGUGCCACUGUUCCGCAGGAUGGACGGGAAUGAACUGCUCGACUGAUAUAAAUGAAUGUGAUACUCUUCGUCCUUGCAGGAAUAAUGGUAAAUGUAUAAACACAGUGGGAGGAUACGCGUGCCACUGUUCCGCAGGAUGGACGGGAAUGAACUGCUCGACUGAUAUAAAUGAAUGUGAUACUCUUCGUCCUUGCAGGAAUAAUGGUAAAUGCGUGAACACAGUGGGAGGAUACGCGUGCCACUGUUCCGCAGGAUGGACGGGAAUGAACUGCUCGACUGAUAUAAAUGAAUGUGAUACUCUUCGUCCUUGCAGGAAUAAUGGUAAAUGCGUGAACACAGUGGGAGGAUACGCGUGCCACUGUUCCGCAGGAUGGACGGGAAUGAACUGCUCGACUGAUAUAAAUGAAUGUGAUACUCUUCGUCCUUGCAGGAAUAAUGGUAAAUGUAUAAACACAGUGGGAGGAUACGCGUGCCACUGUUCCGCAGGAUGGACGGGAAUGAACUGCUCGACUGAUAUAAAUGAAUGUGAUACUCUUCGUCCUUGCAGGAAUAAUGGUAAAUGUAUAAACACAGUGGGAGGAUACGCGUGCCACUGUUCCGCAGGAUGGACGGGAAUGAACUGCUCGACUGAUAUAAAUGAAUGUGAUACUCUUCGUCCUUGCAGGAAUAAUGGUAAAUGUAUAAACACAGUGGGAGGAUACGCGUGCCACUGUUCCGCAGGAUGGACGGGAAUGAACUGCUCGACUGAUAUAAAUGAAUGUGAUACUCUUCGUCCUUGCAGGAAUAAUGGUAAAUGUAUAAACACAGUGGGAGGAUACGCGUGCCACUGUUCCGCAGGAUGGACGGGAAUGAACUGCUCGACUGAUAUAAAUGAAUGUGAUAUGUUUCGUCCAUGCAGGAACAAUGGUAAAUGCGUGAACACAGUCGGAGGAUACACGUGCCACUGUACUACAGGAUGGACGGGUCAAAACUGCUCUCAGGAUGUAAAUGAGUGUGAUGUGAUUCAUCCAUGCAAAAAUAAUGGUUUAUGCAGAAACACGUGGGGGAGAUACAUUUGUCAUUGUACGGUAGGUUGGAAAGGGCAGAACUGUUCCGUUGAUGCAAAUGAAUGUGAUGAGUUUCAUCCGUGCCAGAAUAAGGGCUCAUGCGUCAACACGGUAGGAAAUUAUACAUGUCAUUGUCCUUUCGGCUGGAAAGGACAAAACUGUUCCGUUGAUGCCAAUGAAUGUGAUGAGUUUCAUCCGUGCCAGAAUAAGGGCUCAUGUUACAACACAGUAGGAAAUUAUACAUGUCAUUGCCCUGUAGAAUGGAAAGGACAAAACUGUUCUGUUGAUGUCGAUGAAUGUGAUACGUCUCAGCCAUGUCAGAAUAAAGGCUCAUGCAUCAACACAGUAGGAAAUUAUACAUGUCAUUGCCCUGUAGAAUGGACAGGACAAAACUGUUCUGUUGAUGUCAAUGAAUGUGAUACGUUUCAACCGUGUCAGAAUAAAGGCUCAUGCAUCAACGUGGAAGGAAAUUAUACGUGUCAUUGCCCUGUAGAAUGGGAAGGACAAAACUGCACUGUUGAUGUAAACGAAUGCAAUAUUUCACUCUGCAAACAUAAUUCAACGUGUUAUAACCUUGACGGCGGAUAUACCUGCGUUUGUCCUCCAAACUGGUCCGGCAACAACUGUGAGAACGAUGUAGAUGAAUGCAGUAGUUCUCCUUGCAAGAAUGACGGAAACUGUUCUAACACAGACGGCAGUUACACCUGCACAUCGACACAAACAAGAAGUACAACACCUGCAGCUACCACAUGGACACAAACAAGCAGCACCAGACUGAGAGUUACUACAGUGACCGGCUUUAGUUUGUAUUAAUUACGUACUUUUUUAUUUUAAUUGACAUAAUAUGGUUCGGCAACAAAUGUGAGGUAGAUGUAAAUAAAUGCGGUAGUUCAUCAUGGAG